AUGGCCCCGGAUCGCGAAAGGAAGCCUGAGAAGGAUGACCAUUCCAGUUCAAGUGAAGAGGACCAGGAUGCGCUUGAGUUGCCUAGUAGCGCACCAGCUGAAUUAUGGCCCAUUUGCCCUCCACAGGUCUCGUUCGAUCCAUCUAGUCCCUAUCGGCGCAAGAGCUCUCUAGUAAACAGCGAUGCCCGUGUUCCUCUUCAUCUCCGGCGAUCACAGCCGGCCAGAACGGAAUGCCUUGUCCACCAGUUUCUCGACGCCCAGCGACGACCCCCUAGACGGCAAAAUACCCUAGAUGGACAGGUUGAUGGCACUGCCAGUACGAGCACAACCCCUAUCGAGACCCGAAACCCCAUCACAAGGGGCUUGACCGACAUUGCCCGUGAUGCCGUCCAAGUUAGUCGUGAAAAUAGCCAGGACCAGGUGCUCGACCCAAAAGGCUUCUCGAGCACUGUCGGUAACAUCGCCGCCAAUGUGCGUGCCCGGGAGUGCUCGAUGACCAAUGCCAACUCGAGCGACACUAGCGAUGCUGGUCAGGUUGAUGAGAAGGAAUGGAAAAGUGAGAUCGUAAAAGCGCCAAACACAGACCCAGAGGAAAAGUACAGCAGGCUCCUCACCAAGAAGCAAUUGAGUGAAAUGGCAUGGGGAGUCCGGGAGCUGAGUCGGCGAUUGAGCAGCGUGCGCUUGAAGUUCAAGAUCAAGACCAUCUUCGUGCUCACCAAGCCGUAUGACCAGGAACUAAUCCCCAAGACACGCGCCUUGAUCCGGUGGUUACUGGAUAAGGAACGCGACGUGCGCUACACUGUCUACAUUGACAAGGCUUUGCGUUGCAACAAAAAGCUUGAUGCACCCGGUCUGAUCGAAGAGAUCCGCAGGGAUUACGUUGAGUCUGGCGAGAUCUCAGAGGAAGCCGGCAAUGACAUAUCUGAGCGUCUCCGCUAUUGGGACGAGGAAUUGUGUCGUGCCAGGCCGCAGACGGCCGACUUUGUCAUCACACUCGGCGGUGAUGGAACCGUACUAUUUGCGAGUUGGUUAUUCCAGCGCAUCGUUCCACCUGUUCUGAGCUUUUCUCUGGGGAGCCUAGGGUUUUUGACCAAGUUUGACUUUGAUCACUAUCACGAGACCUUGACAGCCGCCUUCACAGAAGGUGUCAACGUGGCUUUGAGGCUAAGGUUCGAAGGAACCGUCAUGCGAAGUCAGACGAACAAAAGGAAACUCGUUGAGGGGGACUCUGACAAAAAAAUGGUCUCAAAUAAAACAGACAAAGAACAGAGCGGCACAGAUGGUCCUGAUUGCCAGGACGAGAAUGAUCCAAGCGAAGAGAAGGAGGAAGAAGAAAAACGAGAUCUCGUAGAAGAUCUCAUCGGCGAGGAAAAGGAUGAUGAACGAACCCAUCGACCAGACGGCACAUGGUGCGUGCUCAACGAGGUGGUGGUGGAUAGAGGACCCAAUCCAACAAUGUCAUACAUCGAAAUCUUCGGCGAUGACGAGCACUUCACCUCCGUCAACGCCGAUGGUAUCUGCGUUUCCACUCCCACCGGCUCAACCGCCUACAACCUCGCCGCUGGCGGCUCUCUCUGUCACCCCGAAAACCCCGUCAUGCUCGUAACCGCUAUGUGUGCGCACACGCUCUCCUUCCGGCCCAUCAUCCUACCCGACACCAUCGUACUUCGCAUUGGCGUGCCCUACGAUGCCCGGACCGGCUCUUGGGCGAGUUUCGAUGGCCGCGAGCGUAUCGAACUUAGACCGGGCGACUACGUGACCAUCAGCGCGAGCAGGUACCCGUUUGCCAGUGUUCAGCCACAGGGGAGGAGGAGUGAGGAAUGGAUCAAGAGUAUCAAUGCGAAGCUUGGUUGGAAUACUAGGCAGAAGCAGAAAAGCUUUACGUAGAAUACUCUUGACCUGUCUUUUCGACGGUAGGGACGGAAUCACGCUUGUUUGCUACGUAUACCU